CUUCAAAUUUAAAAAAUAGCAAGUCCAAGGCAACUCCCAGAGUCGGCGAUUUGGCAGCAAGUUCGUCAGUUGACCUGCAAAUUCAAGUUUGAGUAGUUGCGGGAUCGGAAGAAGGGAAGAAGGUGAUGGGGAUUAUAAGGAGCAGUUUCUCAUUGAUGGCAGGAACUGUUUGCGGUAUUUACAUAGCUCAGAACUACAACGUCCCCAAUAUUAACAAGCUUAUACAGAAUGCAUUAUUCAAAGCCAAAGAUGUAGAAGAGAAAUACCGCAAGCCCCCUAAGCCUGGCGAUCGUCUUUAGAUUCACUCUCCUUAUUUCAGGUUCUGACUUCAAAGUGUCAUGAGAUGAAAGUGCUUUCUUAUAUCGUGUUUUCAGCCACUGGCAGAGCUCAAUGAAACCUAGCAGAGGAUAGUACUGUAAAUAUAAGCUUAUAUAUUUCUUUUUAUCCAAUUAGAAACAGUAUGUCCAUGCAAUGUUUAUCUAUUUCUAAUCAGCAAUUUGCCACCAUUAAUUGUUGAGACUGGAAUAUGACUUUGUGAAACGUUUCCUUGGAAUAUCUGUUCUAGAAAAAGUUCCCCCAGAAUGUAGUCAUCACAAAUUUUCUUCCCAAGAAAUAAUGAUUAGUUGUCCUCAUUUUUGUUUUAAUGAUUUUUCACAAGUUAAGCUCUUCUUUGUGUGCUCAUCACUACUAUUCUUGUAGUAUUCUACUUACUGCAGGAUAGCAAGCCGUAAGAAAUCCGGUCUUUUUGGCAUACUUGUGAAAGGAGAAAUCUAAAUUCUUUAGGCAAUGACAUACUUAGAAGUAUUGAUUAUAAAUUCUAUAGUCUAGUUAUUGGGGAGAAUCAAUGAUAGAAAUGCAUUUCUACUGUUCUACAUGCUUUCUUACUCUAGUAUAAGGAAUUGCGGCUAUAUCUGGUGCGUUGUCUACUUCCUGCUGAGUUGGUGUUCUUUCUUUUGCUGCAACUCCUAAAGGCGAAGGGGCCAAGCCACUUGUGAAGCUUGUGCAUUUUGCUCUUAGUAUAUGUGAGUAAAGUGCAAGAUUUAAAAUGGCCUUGUAGAUUGUUUGCUUUAACUACGGUGGUGGUUAUAUAGCUCUGCGGGAGUGGGACAAUUAUGUAUUGGUUUUUGCAAACCAACAUCUUAAAAUCAUUUUAUUUCAUGCGUUUGGUACUUAACCAAACGUGUUUGUUUGUUUCAUUUCAAGAGAUCACUGGGUCAAAUGUUAAUGCAUUUGAAGCCAUAUGGUAGUCUAACUGAUCAAUGCGCAUGUCAUUUACUCUUUCAUAUUGAAUUGUCAGAUGUAAGUGUAAGAUUACCAUAGAUUAAUCUCCACAACAGUUGAUGGGAGCUCUCCUCUUAAAAUUGUACACAUGUUUAUAGUAUUUAUCAAGAUCAAAUGGGUUUUAGCAUGUUCAAUUUGUCAAAAUCUAGUACCAUAAGUAGGAGAGUUUCGUGUGAAGUAGUAUUGAUUGUUUCAGAAAGUUAUGAGACUCAACGCCUUCCUUUAUCCACUGGUAAUACUUGACCUUUUAAAGUAGUGUUCUAUCGACGAUUGCCAUUAUCCCCUAUGUUAACGUUGAACUUCUUUGG